AUGACAACCAGUCGCCAGUACGAUAUCGUUCUCCUUGGAGCGACAGGCUACACGGCUGGUUAUGUCGCAGAGUACAUUAUGACCGCUUCGCUCAGCAAUCUUCAUUGGGCUAUCGCGGGUAGAGACGCGAACAAACUCGAAAGGCUCAGAGGAAAAUUAGCAGAGCUUGAUUCGAGUGGCUCGAAACCCGCUAUUGAACUGGUUAAUAUCAACCUUGACGACGACCUUUCUACGCUUGUAUCCCGCACUAAAGUCCUCAUCAACGCCAUCGGACCGUACACGUGUCAUGGCGAACCUGUUCUCUCGGCAUGUGCCGAGAAUGGUACAAGUUAUGUGGACUUUUGCACCGAGACGCCAUGGUUGGAGGAAAUGAUAACAAAGUACUCCAAAAUUGCCAAAAGACGGUCUGCACGCAUCGUCCCGGCGAUUGGCAAUUCCAGCUCCCCUUCCUCACUCGUCGCAUACCUCUUGGCCAAGCGUUAUCACGAGACGCAUAAAAAGGCAGUUGAGAACAUUACUUGCUCGUACAGUUUAAAAAUAAAUGGAAUGAGCGCUGGAUCGUUGUCAAGUGUUCUCAAGGUUGUGGAACGUUACGGUGUCGGUCCAUUACUGUUUCCGAACCCGUAUCGGUUGUGCUCCUCGAGGGAGAAUCCGAGCAGGCCCGAACCUAAAAAGGGGUUGUUUCUGGGUCACCACAGAGAUGAGCUUCUAGGCCAUUUGACGACAUCCCUUGCUAGCCCAGGAAAUGAGGCCGUGGUAUACAGGAGUCAAAAACUUCAACCUUCCAUCUACGGAGGAGACGGAGAAGAAGGCAAGACGAUACCAUGGUCGUAUCGCGAAUUCAUGCCUGCGUCAAGCACGGGGAGUGCAAUCAUGAUCCAUGUGGUUACCAAGAUUUUGGUUUUCUUACUCUUUUUCCGGCCAGUGUGUGCCUUGAUCUCACUUCUGAAACCGGUCAACGGCACGGGUCCUUCAAAGGAAGACUCCCAAAACGAAAAGAUCGAGGUUAAAGCGGUGACGGGCAACGACCACAAAUUGAUGGCGAGGUACUCUUUCAACGGGUCAAUGUACUUUCAUUCCGCCAUGUUGGCGGCAGAGGCGGCAAUGGUUCUUCUCAGCAUAUGGGAUGUCGACGAGCAAUGGACCGAUGAUGUGGGCUACGGUGUCCUGACACCUAGUUGUCUUGGUAUGCCUUUCGUUGAGAGACUCAAAAAAGCAGGCGUCGAUAUCGAAGUCUAUACAUCCUGA